UUUGUUUAUCAAUCAAGCGAAGCAGUAUGAAAUAUCGUGGUCUUGGUAGUGUUUGUAUUUAGCCAGCAUCGAAUAAAUACGUGUAUACUACGUAAAUCGAUAUCUUAACAUUUUGAUUUUAUCAAUUACUUAACGAAGUUAUUGUUAAAAUAUUUGUGAAAUUUAAUACAGCUAUUGCAGAGUACUAUAUUCUUUUAGGAAUUCAUCUUUUGUAUCCCAAGUGGAGUUGAGUGGCGUGGGUAGUCCCACGCUGUGCGACCCAGUGCUGGGCCCAAUCGAGAUGGUGCAAGAGGGUGAAGGUGCCGGAGACGGGCUGAUAGCCCCGCGCCGGUUGCCAAACCCGUGCGUUGAAAAUCCUUUGCGAAUGGACCUGCAUAGAGAACUUAUGUUCAAUCAGAAAAUAGGCAAAAAUGUUCUCAAUCAGAAGAGCGAACUCCAAAAGGCGCUAUCGAAACACAAAGAGAAGCAGCUCAUGAAUCAAAUACAACAGCACAGAGAAACGCCAGAGUUGGAAAGAGCGAUCGCCGAGCGAGCCAGACGUCUUGAACAAGCUGAACAAAGCACAGAAGAGUUUGAAGCCGGUACAAAUCCCACACUGCAGCAAGUCCGCGCGAGACUGAGACAUGCCGCGCCAACGCCCUCUCCCGCCGCGUCUGCGCAUUAAAUAACAUUAGUGACAGAGCUGUCUAGCUUUGUUUCUGCCUACUAAACAUCAUCUUUCGUAAUAAUGCCAUCUAGCGGCGUUUUUAAGCAUUGAAUAACUUUUGGCGUUUUGUAUCAACGCCAUCUAGAUCCUUAGAUAUCCUUUUAAUUAAGGCGCUAUCUGACGCUGCAUUAAAGAACUAAUACAUUCGAAAUCGAAAAUUCAAUAAUUCAAACUUCUUUAAAUCAAAUUUGGAAGAUGGAAUGAGAGGAAAUGAUUGUAUGUUGUAAACGGCAUUAUUUUUUUUUUUAAAUUUAUUUGUCGCUUUCUAUGAAAUCCAAAAAAUGUAUGAAAUGCUUGAAAUCGAUGGAUUUGACUCUGUAACUGUGAAAAGCAUAUGGGCGAUAUGUAAGUGAUGCUUUGACUGCGAAGCUUAUAUUCUGUUUACUUUGUAGAUAGGUGAUGUGGUUCUAUAUUGUUUUGUCGUAACUUAGUCACUGAAAGUGUCACAAAAUAUAUAUUAUUUUUAACAGUUAUUGGUAUAUUUCGGUAGCUGUAUUAGGUUUUACGUUAGGAAGUUAUAUUCGUAAGUGUUAUGUUACCGUUGUUUAAUUUAUGAAACCUAACCAGUAAAUGUUGACUGAGGUAUCGACUGCGAGAGCUGUAACAAUAAGGGUAAACGUCUUCAGAAGAGAAGAAAAUAUUUUUCUAAACAUUUUAAAUUAACACCAAACAUUUCAUGUAGCCAUUUGUAAGUGUUUUUUCCUGUUGUCACCGUCAUCCUGUAGGUUCGUCUAAACAUUCAUAGUAUCUUAUAUGUAACUAUAUGGAAAUAAAACUUUUUAGUAGUUAGACAUUUGAAAGUACGGUCUAGUUCUAGAUGUUAUAUUUCAUAUUUAUUAAGUAUAUUAGAUUCUUAUGAAUAUUAGUGAUGAAUGAAAUUAUCAUCUACAUAAAGAAUUAUUCCCUUACAAUUUUUGAUAUUACCCCCUAAAUAGUUGUCCAAUAGUUUGAUAACAAAGUGUUCAUGUACGUGAUAGAUAUGAAAGAUAUUUUUGUAUUUUUAUUCAAUACCUAUAGAGCCUAUUUCUGUACAAGUUUGUAGUAUGUAGUGCCCUUUGAAAGCAAUAAAUAUUUAAGUAUUCUAUGUUUAUAUAAUGCUGUGGUUGAAUCGUUUCUAUUAUAUCUAUAACAUUGAACAAAUAUAUCUUUUGUAUGUAAACACUGGCUGGUUAGAAAGCUCAUUGCUUGGUUGAAAUUUCUUUUUUGAGGAAAAAAAAUUUUUAACUGGUGUCGAAGAUCAAAGAGUUUUUCUGUGUAUGUUUAUUUUUAAUGUAUGUUGAAGAAUGAAUUUUUAUUCAUAGUAAUUAUUAUGACUAUAUUAUAAUUAAUAACAUAUGUAUGUAUGUAGUAUAUGUACUAGAAAAACAUGCCAAAGGAAAAUUAUACAUGCAUUGUCUAUGUAAUAUUACGAUUUAUCCGCAGCAUAUAAUAACGUGUUUCCAAUUAAUAGAAUCUCUAAGCAAAAUAAAUAUUCAAAAAAAAAAAAUAAUACAAAAAUAAAACUUUUGAUCUUUCUAGUCUUCAUAAAGGAAUGUCACAGAUAAUUUCACUUAUUCAAAUGUGAAAGAUUAAAAAAAAUUUCAAAUAUUUUCUCCAUUGUGCCUAAUUAUAAAUAUUGUUGAUUAUUUUCAGAGUAUUAGUUAGAAAUUUAGAUAUUAUAUGAUUUUACAUAAAAAAAAUGAAAUGAAUUCCACUCGUUAUGGUUUCACAUGGAAGUCCUUUCUGAAUCAUGUUUUUUUUUUCUCUUCGAUAUAGAUGACUUAGUACAAAAUGUCUCAGUGAGACGUAGCUUCGGCUUGUAUGCUGUGUGUCGUGGCCAUUAUAAUUUUGAUAUUUUGUCACUAAAUAGUAUAAGCGAUUUAAUUCUUCAUAAAUUUUACAAUGAAAUGUAUCAAAGUUUGAUAAUACAUAGACCAGGUA